AUGCUCGCCGCUCUCCUCGCAGUCCUCCCCAUGGCUUCGGCCCACCUUGCUCUGUGGCACCCGUCCAUGUUCGGUGCCCAGAAGGGUCACGCCGGCGAUGCUGAGCCGCACAACCCCCUGAAGCAGAAGUGUCUCUUCGACGGCGACUCCUUCUGCGAGAUGUCGGGUACUUCCUGGUUCGCACACGGCUACAAGAACCUGCCUCCCGACAACGGCGCCUUCAUGCCCAUCACCUCCGGCGUUCGGCAAGCACGCCGAGCAGUACAACAGUCCCGCGAACUGGUGGCCUCCGAGGGCCCCGCCGAGGGUCCCAUGCACACUGCGAACCGCAACGGCAAGCCGAUCGACAACUCCAAGUUCGGCGGCACGUACAUUGCCAUCUCGUACACUUCCGACAUCCACGCGCUCCAGCCCGGCGACAUGACUGUUAUCUCCAUCAACUCGACUUCGCCCUGGCAGCGUGAGACCGUUUACAAGUUCCCGGCCGGUCUCCCCAAGUGCCCGCCUGAGGGAUGCCUCUGCACCUGGGGCUGGAACCACCUCCGCAACAACGGCGAGGGCUACGGCAGUGAAAUCUACAACAUCGCCUACCGCUGCAAGGUCGAGGGCCAGACCAACGACAACAACCAGGUGCCCAAGGGCCAGGUCCCCGUCAAGUGCGAGAACGACCAGAGCAAGUGCGUCAAGGGCCCCAAGCAGCCCAUGUACGUCUGGAUGAAGGACGGCACCAACAUGCCCGACCCCGGACCCGGAGAGGAGAACCCCUCGUACAACAUGCGCUACGGCUGGCACGACGGCGCCCAGAACGACGCCGUCGUCCCCAAGAACAAGCGCGACUACGUCCCGCCCCAGGGCCGCUCGCGCCGCUCCACCGCCAUCGCUGCCGCCAUGAACGCCAACUAA